AUGGUUUUAUUAACUACAGCUGUGGUGCAAGCUGAGUCGAAAGACGGUACUUAUUUCCCAGUUAGGGUCUUAUUAGAUCAGGGGUCGCAAGGUUCUUUUAUUACCGAGGCUAUGGUGCAGCACUUAGGUUUAAAAAGGCUUGCGGUCAAAAAUACCGUAGUUGGUGUAGGUGGAGAUAAAAGUGUGACUUCCAAGUCCACAGUAAAAAUUAAUUUAAGGUCAAGAGUUGAUCCUAGGUUCCAAGUUAAGGUUAAUGCACAUGUCUUGAAGUCGGUUACGUCUCUUCUCCCAGUUGCGAAGACAACUAGGGUAGAAUGGGACAACCUGACUCUGGAUGAUCUGGCUGACCCUGAGUAUCAUACGCCUAACAAGAUUGAUCUCUUAUUAGGUGCGGAGAUAUACAGUCAAAUCAUUCAGGAAGGCAUUAAAAGAAACCUCAACGGAUCUCUAUUGGCGCAGGAUACUGCUUUCGGUUGGAUAAUAUCUGGUGUCUGUGAGGUAGAUAGCACGUCAAAUAUCCAUUCUCACACAAUUGUGAUGCAUUCUUAUCUGGAAGUGGACAAUAUGCUAAAGCGGUUUUGGGAACUCGAAGCUGAACCACCUGUAACAAAAAGAAUGCUCACAGAUGAUGAAAUUAAAUGUGAGAAAUUGUUUAAGGAGACUACGAAACGGGAUGGAGACGGUCGGUUCAUCGUAAGACUGCCGUUUCGUAUGGCCAACCCGGACUGCAUGCAUGGUGAGUUCAGGAAAAUAGCUGAAAAAAGAUUGAGAAAUUUAGAAUUUAAAUUGCAAAAGAACAAUAAAUUAAAAGAGGAUUACACACAAGUUAUAAGGGAGUAUUUAAACUUAAAUCAUAUGGUAAAAGUUACUGAUAAGGAUAAAUUUAAGAAAACAGCUAUUUACUUACCACACCACGCAGUAGUCCGGGAAGAUAAGGAUACUACUAAAGUCCGAGUAGUGUUUGAUGCCUCCUGUAAGGGAAGCAAUGGGAAGUCAUUAAAUGAUGAUUUAUUGAUUGGGCCGCCACUGCAAGCCGAACUACGUCAUACAAUUAUGCGCUGGAGACAAUAUAAAAUAUGUUUGGUGGCGGAUGUGGUGAAAAUGUACCGCCAAGUGCUGGUAAAUCGGGAAGAUACCCCAUUUCAGAGGAUUCUUUGGAGAGACAGUCCUGAAAAGGAGCUUCAAGAGUUUGAAUUACUUACCGUAACCUUUGGCACAGCAUGUGCUCCAUAUUUAGCUGUGCGGUCAAUGCAAGAAUUAGCCUAUAAGGAGUGUCAGAAUAAGCCUGUAAUUGCUAAAAUUAUUUUGAAUGAUUUUUACAUGGAUGAUGUGAUGACCGGGGCGGAUAACCUAGAAGAUGCUUAUAAAAUAUAUAAAGAGUUAACCGAAGUGUUAGCGAAAGGAGGGUUUCCGUUGCAAAAAUGGAAAAGCAAUUCUAAGGAAAUAUUAGCUAAAAUAUGGAAAGCAAAGGGUAAUACAGAUGAGGAAUUAAGGAUUAAGGUAGAUGAUACAACUAAGAUUUUAGGACUUACCUGGGAUCCGCGUGGUGACUUCUUCCGGUACUCUGUAGAUCUUGCACCGCAAGAAGAACCUGUAACAAAAAGGAGAAUUAUAUCUGAUAUAUCCCGAUUAUUUGACCCACUCGGAUGGUUAGCUCCUUGCAUUAUAGCAGCAAAAAUACUCAUACAAAAGCUUUGGUUAGCUGGUAUUGGGUGGGAUGAGCAAGUUCCUACUAAUUUAAUAAAUGAAUGGAUUACUUACCGUAAAAAUUUAACUGCCUUACAGAAUAUUAAAAUUCCACGCUGGAUACACACUAGUAAUAAAUAUCAGCGCGAGUUGUACGGAUUUUCCGACGCUUCGAAGGUGGCUUAUGCGGCUGUCGUGUAUCUACGAGUGGUAGAUGAUGUGGGAAAUGUCUACGUCUCAUUAGUUACAGCUAAAACAAAGGUAGCUCCCAUAAAGCAAGUGUCUAUCCCUAGACUGGAGCUUUGUGGGGCUGUACUUUUGGCGAAGUUGAUGGUUGAGGUAGCUGAAGUUAUGAAAGUUGAAAGGAGUCAGUUACAUGCAUUCACUGACAGUGAGGUGGUUUUAGCCUGGCUUAACAAUCACCCAAGCCGGUGGAAGACGUUCGUCGCUAACCAAGUUUCGGAAAUCCUACAGAUUUUGGAUACACAUCACUGGUCCCAUGUAGCCACUAAGAAGAAUCCGGCGGAUUUAGCAUCACGAGGUAUUUCUCCGGUGGAACUAUCAGAAAUGGUUAUAUGGUUUGAAGGGCCAGAGUUUCUAAAAAAUAAGGUAAUUAUUUGUACAAAACCAAAACACCUGGUUACAAAUCUUGAGCAGGUUAAAGUUCAUACAGCGGUCGUUAACACAGAAUUGUGGGAAAGGUUUUCUUCAUUUUCGAAGCUUGUUCGUGUGGUUGCUUAUUGUCGACGUUGGUUACGGAUAAAGAAAGGUUUAAGUAGUAGGCCAAGUUCAGAAGCAUUGGAGCGACAGGAAAUUGAGGAUUCGAUAACGGUCUGUAUUAAAAAAUGUCAAGAAGAAGGAUUCCGGGAAGAGUUGGAAGAAUUGCAAAAACACGGCAUAAUAGAUAAGAAAAAGAAAAAGUUAAGGACAUUAAAUAUAUUUUUAGAUUCGGAAGGUGUAAUUAGAGUAGGUGGUCGGCUGGAAAUGUCUUCGCUGUCAUUUAACGGGAAACAUCCGAUUCUCAUACCUAAAGAAUCUUUCUUAAGCGGACUCUUAAUUGCUGAUGCUCACCAAAAAACCCUGCACGGAGGUCCGCAACUCAUGAUUACCUAUUUGAGAUCGAAGUAUUGGAUUGUGGGUGCGAAGUCUCUUAUUAGGAAAUAUUAUCGUGGUUGUGUAAUAUGUACGCGUUACUCGAGCAGGUCUACAUCUCAACUCAUGGGGCAGUUACCUUCCGCGCGUGUGACACCGAAUAAGCCCUUUCUUGUCAGCGGAGUCGAUUACGCAGGACCUAUUAAUAUAAGAAUUUCAAAAGGUAGGGGUAACAAGUCUUACAAGGGAUAUAUUGCUCUGUUCAUUUGCAUGUCGACCAGAGCUGUACAUCUUGAAGUUGUGAGCGAGCUUUCUACCCUAGGAUUUAUAGCCGCUUUUAAAAGGUUCGUCGCAAGACGAGGUAGGUGUGCUGAAUUAUACAGCGACAACGGUUCCAAUUUUGUGGGCGCUGCUCGAGAGUUACUGUGUCUGUUCAGCGAAGAAAAAACAAAAUUUAAACCUGAACUGGCACAGUAUCUCGCGACCAAUGGAACACAGUGGAAUUUUAUUCCUCCUCGCGCUCCGAAUUUCGGUGGACUAUGGGAGGCAGGAAUGAAGUCCACCAAGUUCCACCUCAAACGAGUGGUUGGAAACUCUACGUUGACGUAUGAGGAGAUGGCUACCGUAUUAGCACAAAUAGAGGCAUGUCUUAAUUCGAGGCCAUUGUCUCGUGUAGAGGAUCCAACCGAGGCCGUCGUUUUGACUCCUGGUCAUUUCUUGGUGGGGGAACCACUCGUAGUAGUUCCGGAAGUAAAUUAUGAGUCGGCAAAUAUGUUUACCUUGCGAAGAUGGCAACUCCACCAACGAAUGAUGCAGGAUUUUUGGCGUCGAUGGUCCCAGGAUUACCUUCAUCAGUUCCUUCAAAGGCAUAAAUGGGAAUAUCAGAACCCAGAACCAUCAGUGGGGGAUGUAGUUUUAGUCAAGGAGGACGAUCUGCCCCCGGCGCGAUGGUUGCUAGGCAAGGUCGAACAAAAACAUCCGGGACCCGAUAAAAUCACGCGAGUCGUCACCAUACGUACCAAAAAUUCUUUAAUUAAAAGACCUACUUCUAAGAUAGCAAUUUUACCUGUAACUAAGUAA